AUGUCGGCCAUCCAGGCGUUCAGCAAGUGGCUGCACUUGAAGCAGUACCAGAUCGAGGUCACCUUCAGCGUGUACAUCUUCACGCCCUUGGAGAAGUUCAUCUUCUACACCUUCCUCUUCCUCCUCAGCAGCCUGACCAUCAUCGCGACCGUCCUGUACCUCCCCCAGCACAUCGCCUUCAUCGCGAACCGCGCCUGGUUUUACAUGCACGGCGACCCGAUCGACGCCGUCGUCGCGGCCGUCGAGGUCACUAAGGCCGCGGUCGAGAGCCUCAUGUCGGAGACGACGACGACGGCUGCGGCGGCCUUUGCGAAGGAGACGGCCGAGAUCGUCAAGGAGCUGUAA